AUGAAAAUCAAUUUGCUUCUAUUAAACUUAGUUACUGUAGUUUGUUUUACAGUUGGAUUGAGAUAUCAAAAUUUAAGUGCAUUAAUAAACGAACUAAGUGUUGGCAUCCAGGCACAAACAAACAUUCUUUACAAUUAUCAGGAAGAUUUCAUUCACACGGAUAUAUUGACAGAAACAGUGUACCCAAAACUGUUGAUUACCAAGAACAUCACUACCGAAUGGCACCACAAGUUUGGAUCAUGUGUGCUGUCAAUUGUAUUUUUAGAAAACGACUCACUAUCUGAAUCAUUAGGAGAAGUCUUGCAAUCUACGCUACAGCAUUGGAGAUACACUGACAUCUUGUUCGUUACAUCUGCGGAGGAAAGCCCAAAUCGACAAAUGAAAUAUCACGAACUAUUUGAAUGGUGUUGGAGUAAUGGUUUCUACAAUGUGCUGCUAACUCACAUUAACCAUACUGGUCUCCUAACACUGCAGCCUUUUCCAACACUGUCUGUGAAAAGUAACACACUAGUUAAUUAUUUGAAGGAACACAAUAAUUGGCAGAAUUUUAAAGGUUAUGGCAUACGUGUGUGUGCUAGCCAUCACCCAUAUCGUGCCUAUAUUACCUACAAGGAAAAUGGAGAACUACUACUAAGCGGUACUGAUGUGGAUUCUAUAAAAUUGUUCAUAGAACACUUUAAUGCUACUUUACUUUUGUCCUUACGAAGUUAUAACAAUUGUAUCAUCGCUCUAGAGACAAAGAAUACUGACAUUUUAGCAAUCGCAAUAACCCAAAAUGACCGGGUGAAGACCACACAUUCCUUAAUGUUAUAUAUGGGAUAUUUGAUGGUGCCAGCUGGACAAGAGUUGGACCGUUUUAAAUUGUUUUUGGCACCCUUUUCACGAAAUGUGUGGUUACUGUUGAUUGGUAGUGUACUUUAUAUCACUGUAAUGUUCUCGCUCAUUGACAGGCUACAAUAUGGUAUUUGGCAGGUUGGCAGUUAUAUGUUAAUCGCAGUGAGUAGCUUCUUAGGGCGUGAUAUUCCUAUGGAAAAAUUUCCCAGAAGAGUUAAACGAUUUGUAUUCUUUAUUUUACUGAUCAGUGGAGGAAUUAUAACUACAUUUUAUUUGGCACUGCUUUCCAGUAUUUUGAAUGCUAAUGUGUAUGAGCCCGAUAUUAAGGAAUAUGCUGACCUGAAAGAGCGGAAUAUAGAUUUUAUGGCAUCUGAUAUGGACUUGUAUGCUUUUAAAAAAUAUGGUCUGUCAUCUAUACUCAGAGAACGCUUGACACUUGUAGAUUAUAACGAAUUUACACGUAAUCGUAAUUCUAUGAAUAUCAAGCAUGCCUAUUUCUGUUAUAUGGAUGUCUGUGAGAUUCAUAAACAUCAGCAAAUAUAUUUACUGAGAAAACGUAUGAAUUUUUUACCAAAACCGAUAAUGUUUGUUUGGGGUGGAUUUGGUUUUAUAAACGGCUGGAUUUUCGAACAAACUUUUAAUAGAUAUGUGCAACGCGCUUUUGAAUUGGGUUUUAAUGAACGAUUUAGAAGAGAUGCGAAGAAUACAGCUAUACGCUAUGGGAAUAUUAGUUUUUUCAAAACGGAAUACUAUGAAGUUAAACCACUCGGCAUAGAUUAUUUCGAAAUGCCAGCUAUUUUAUUGGGAAUUGGAUAUUUAGUUGCUUUAAUUACGUUUAUAUUGGAGGUUCUUUACCACCAAUGCAAUGUACUCUAUUAG